UGUUGACACCGUUCCAGCCGCGAUGCGGAGCCCGCGGCGCGGCUAUCACACCUCGAGUUCACCGUGACGCGGCCGGAAGAAUGGAAGCGUGAAAAGAGAGGGAGAAGGCGAGGUCGUCAACCAUGUCCACGAGCAACAAGGGGAAGACGGCGUGCGAGUCGGUCCGGGUGGUGGUCCGCUGCCGGCCGCCCAACAACAAGGAGGCGACGGCCGAGAAGGGGAGCUCCAUCCUGGAAGUGGACCCCGAGCUGGGCCGCAUCUGCGUGCGGAACCCGAGCGCUCCGGCCGGCGAGCUCGCGAAGGAGUUCGUCUUCCACUCGGUGUUCGGCUGGGGGUCCACCCAGGGCGAGGUGUACGACGACGCCGUCGGGCCCCUGGUAGACUCGGUUCUGCUGGGCUUCAACGGGACGGUUUUCGCCUACGGCCAGACCGGCACGGGCAAGACGUGGACCAUGAGGGGGGUGCCGGGCGACCCGGAGAGGCGGGGGGUCAUCCCCAACGCCUUCCAUCACAUCUUCGCCCACAUCUCCCGCAGCCGGGGCCACAAGUACCUGGUCCGCUCCUCUUACUUGGAGAUCUACCAGGAGGAGAUCCGGGACCUGCUGUUGGAGAACGGCAGAAAGCUGGAGCUGAAGGAGAGCCCCGAGGAGGGCGUCUACGUGAAGGACCUGUCCUGGGUGGUCACCAAGGACCCGGCCGAGAUGCACCACCUGCUCACCCUGGGCGACCGAUCCCGCUCGGUGGGCUCCACCGACGCCAACCGCCACAGCUCCCGCUCGCACGCCAUCUUCGCCGUCACGGUGGAAUGCGGGUCCGAGUCCGAGGACCAGGUCCGGGUGGGGCGCCUCAACAUGGUGGACCUGGCCGGGAGCGAGCGGCAGAGCCGCACGGGCGCCCGGGGCGAGCGGCUGCGGGAAGCGGCCAAGAUCAACCUGUCGCUUUCCGCCUUGGGGAACGUCAUCUCGGCGUUGGCGGACGGCAAGGGCGGCCACGUGCCCUACAGGGACUCCAAACUCACCCGCCUCCUGCGAGACUCGCUGGGCGGCAACGCCAAGACGGUCAUGAUCGCCACGGUGGGGCCCUCGGAGCGAGACCGCCACGAGUCCCUGGCCACCCUGAGGUACGCCGGCCGGGCCAAGAACAUCAAGAACAAGCCCCGCGUCAACGAGGACCCCGAGGCCGCCCUCCUCAGGGAGUUCCAGAGGGAGAUCGCCAGACUCAAGGCCCUCCUGGAGGAGCGAGGCGCCUUGGCCAGCGAGCGGCGGCAGAGGCGAAGGGACAGCAAGAGACUCAGCAGGGACCUCGCGCAACUUUGGAAGGAGGGCGAGGAGGAGGAGGAGGAGGAGGAGGAGGAGGAGAAGGAGGAGGAGGAAGAGGGAGAAGCCAGCGGCGGGCCCCAAAUCAGGAGGCGCCACUCCAACGGGAAAACCGACCACAGCCAGUGGGAUCGGGAGGCCGUGGAGAAGAUCAUUGAGAAGUACAAGGCCAUGGAGAGCAAAUUGUUGGAGGGCGGCAAGACCAUCACGGAUCACACCAAUGAGCAGCAGAAGUUGCUGGAGCAGAAGAGGCGCGAGAUCGCCGAGCAGAUUCGCCGGGAGAGGGAGAUGCAGCGGCAGAUAACGCUGCAGGACGAGGAGACCCUGGAGAUGAGGGAAACCUUCUCCUCGCUGCAGCAGGAAGUAGAGAUGAAGACCAAGAAGCUGAGGAAGUUGUACACUAAACUGCAGCUGGUAUGGGCUGAGAUGCACGACGUGAUCGACGAGCACGUCGCAACCAGACAGGAGCUGGAACAGACGCAGAACCAACUCACGCGAGAGCUCAAGUACAAAUCCCUCUUGAUGGAGAAUUUCGUCCCUCCCGCCGAAAAGAAAAAGAUCAUAAACAGACUUCACUUUGACGCCGAGGAAGAUCAGUGGAGGCUGCUGUCGGCCAUUCCGUCCGAAAGUGCGUUUAAUUGCCCCCAUUUGGCUGCCAGCACGCCCACACGGGUGAAGAGAAGACCUCUCUCCGCCGUGGGAUACAAACGUCCAAUCAGCCAGUAUGCGCAAUCUGCUGUCGCCACGGCAACCGGGGCCCCGUCAAGAUAUCAGGCGGAGAACAUCAUGCUACUGCAGCUGGACGUGUCGCCGCCCGCCAUGUUCAGCCUCAACCUUCACGGGGCUCGUCUGGAGAGGGCCUUCUCCCCCGACGUGAUGCCGGACGGCGCCGGGCGGGACGGUACCCGCUCGUCCCAGCGGCUCAGGAAAUCAAGAUCCUGGUAUCAAGCUCCACGAGCGGCGUGUGUUUCGGCAUCCGUGUCUUCCGCCGCCCUGACGCCACUAUCGCAGAGUCCGUGCCACAGACCCAGGCCCUGCUCGGCCGCGUAUCUCACGCCCGCGGCCUCGCUUCGGACCAGCCCCUGAUCCCGUGUCGCCAUACUUGCUUACCAUGUGACAACAACAGCACCAGUAAGCGUGAGGGCCGACUUGCCGAAACUGCUGCGUUAUAACAAAGUUCUCUUGAUGUAAGCGGAUGUUAGCAAAAAGCACAGCCGAAGCUUCCGUGUUUUAGCAUUCAAAUUGCAUUUAUUUUGGAGUAUUGGUGACGUGAGUCGCUUGCUGCUGUAACUGUGAGGUUAAAUCUGCUUUGUAUGAAGAAAGGAGCUGCACUGGCUAUUUAGCGGACUUAUUUUUUUUUU